CUCUAAUUACGAUGAUAUGAAGUAGGAGUUCAUGCAUUUGCGAUUCAAUUAACACAGCAUGGAUUCUUUGGCUGCGCGUGCGGAUACCGUCCGCAAUGCAGUCACAUCUAUAUCGACAUGUAAUCCAACCGUCUCUGCGACAUUGAAAGACUUAUUCCAGACCAAUGACACUAGUAACGAUUCCGCAAAACCAGGCCCGAGGCCGCGAACAACUAAGAUUUCCCGCGCACCGAGCAAGGCGAAUACAAAUUCCGUAGCACGAAAUGCGUCUGAUAAUGGACAGUCCUUGACAGCGAAAGAGAAGGCCAUAUUAGCUACUCAAGUCAUUACUGCAAGUCUCAAAGCUCUAGGUGAAGCAGCAAAGACGGCAUCUAGCCAAAGUCAGGACACACCCGAACCGCCCAAAAACGUUUUAGCCAAAUCUGCAGUUCGCAAUGUAGUUCAAAGAUCGAAUUCAGUUCCAAUGAAGCCUAUACAGCGCCAAUUGAAUCGUACUACAACGUCACCCAGUGUACCAAAGACGAUUCGGUCACCUACUCCUCUCCCUUCCUCGACGGGCUGUCUAUCAUUAAUAGAAUGCGUACGAACAUCCUUCUCGGCACUGUCAGCUCUGGAGUCGUCAAAGGCCCUCCACCUCCCUGCAUUCCAAUGGGAAAAUGGAAUGUCCUCCUUCAUCAAUAAACUUAUCAGUCUUAAUCACUUUGACUUGGCGAUCAAGGAACUCAAAAUAUUAAAACGACGAUUAGAACGCAAGGGCGGUGAGGAUGUCAAGAGUACGGCGACACGUACAAAGGUGGAGUCCAAUAUGAGUUCACGAACACUACCCGAGUUGCUAGAUUUCACCAAGACUACUAUUUCUAGUCCGGCGCAACUUGGCUUGAUGAUCUCUUGUCAACUUCAGGUUCUUCGAAUUACCCAUGGCCUGAAGAAAUCGACAUACCUCGAGGGCAUGCUACCUUUCCUCCGCGAAGACUGCUUAAAUUCGCCUAUAAAAUUGCUUCUACUAUCUCUCAAGGACGAUAACCCGGACCAGACGAAAUGCGUCAGGAAUCUAGAGAGUCUAUCACAAAGCCUUCUGUCCCUCACACCGGGUGUUUCUACGAAGGAUGACGAUACUGCGGUCGAACCUAGACUCUCUCCUAAUACCGAGGUAGCAUUAGAGGUGCAAGCGCUUGGCCUGGUUAUCCGAUUGCAGUCCUGGAGCGUCUCUGGCCAUAGAGGCGAUGUAGACAAGGAUAUCUUAUCGCCUUUGUCUAAGUGCCUAGGUGCCUUCGUAAGAAGGUCGCCUUCUAGUAAUUUCUCCAUUAUAUUCUCAGUAUUCUCCCAGAUCUGGAAACGUAUCGAGAAGUUAGGCCUUAGACCAACCGAAUCGUCGCGAUCUCCCUUAGCUGCGAUAUACCAGGUACUUGCAAUAGUUGCAAGAGAAUCUGGUAACGCCAACGAAGCUAAGAAAUGGGUUGGUAAAAUCAAAUCCUUGACCGAUCCAAGCGAAGACUCUGCCGCCAGAUGCUGUUCGAUUGCCGCGCAGCUGCUCGCACUCUCCCUCAAGCAAUGGUCUCAGAUUAAUGAGAAUCUGCUGAUGGAAGUGCUAGAAGGACUUCGAGGACCCCUUGGUGGCACUACCGCCGAGAUGGAUGACCUAUUAGUUAGCGUCUGUCUUCUUCGAAAAUCUGUGAUGAGCUUGGUUGUGGAGAAGCGUGAAGGUUCUUCCUCCCUUUCACAAGCCACUAUGAAGCUUCUAGAGUCUUUUAUUUUUCAACUGCCGCGUUUCACUCUGAGAUGGCUAGGUAAACCCCCAAGCUCAGCUAAUGGUACAAAAGACCUACUUCGCUUUGAACAGCGACGAGGGACGCUAUCAACGCAAUUACCUCAAAUUCUCGAUUCUGCAUUGCUAUUCGCAAAGCUACUUCUAGACGACGGCCAAUUGGCGUGGGAUACGAUGGAUUCGACAUUGCAAGAUUGUUUGACUAUCUUAGAAUAUAUGGGAGACCUUGCUCGUCCUGGUACUAAGAUUAACCCGACCCCCUCAUAUCACGUCAAAAUCUCGCAUUUCUACUAUCAGCAACAUCUCGCCCUACGAAAGGCCUCGUCGAAAGCAACCGAGGCUGCCUCCUUAAAAGCACUCCGAAAAUCCAUCGAUAGUGUAAAGAAUCGUUCUGAAGCUGAGCAAUCCCGAGCGCAGUUGUUGGUCAAAUGGGAAAGGUUUGCUGAGCUAUGCCGAGCAUCGGGUCGACAAGACGAUGCGAUAGACGCCCUUCGUUCGAUCAGGGAUCAUCUUGUUCGACAAGAAGUUGUCCCCAAGAUCACAGAGAAACUGGCAACGGAACCUUGGUCGAUAGCAUGGCAACUCAAUCCCGACGUCGAUCAACUAUCACGGACAGUAUGCAAUCUUGCCAAGUUGGACCGAAAGCAUAACGAAUGGACUUGGUUACUCUCCGGCUCGAACAAGGCUACUGCUCUAGAGCACGACCUUUAUGCAAUUAUCUUGAAAGAUCCCAAGUAUGAACAGGAGGCAGAUUUAUCAGGAUCCAUCGUCAAGUCGUUAUUGCAGAUUUAUUCCGCGGAGCGAUACCCGAUUCGUAGGCUACGGGCCUUACUUCAUCUUCUUGCAGUGAAAAUCGGCGCACAGGACGAGGUUAUCGAAUUGCGAGGGGAAAUCGAAGUUGUCCUGAAGAUUAUUCGUGGGGAGGCUUUGGCUGAUGAUUCUGGUCUUAUCCGUUAUGUCUCGCAUCUACAAGCAUUAGCAACGUGCAUAUUAGGGAUUGCUACAGCGGAUAUCAAUACGCCACCGGUCAAAGAAGCCCUUGCCAACUGGAAGACUAUGGUCUCCAAAUGCGAGUCAGCUGAGCAAUUGUCUGCACAUAUCGAUAACCCAACGCAGCUACUCACUAUUCUCCAAUCCCUGGUCGACUUCGCGAGAAUAGAAGGCUUGGAAACCCUACAAACCGAAAUUCUCGAGCUUUCAAUAAGCAUCUCCAAGCUUUCGCCAAGUAGCAACUUCGAAGUGCUGAUAAGCCAAAGCAUCGCGCUUUGCCAGCAGCAUUUGAGCCAUGGUUGGUCGUCGAAGGCCGAGAAGCUGUUGCAGGAUAACGAGGAACGCCUUUCCCAACCAGAUGCCGACCGGGAACUUGUAAUUGCUUACCAAUUGGUGGCCGCUGAAUAUCACUUGUCACUGGGUGCUAUGGACAAAGCUGAACAGCACAUGUCUAAUGCACGCGAUGCUGAGACAACUCUGUCUUAUGAACCAGGAUCAAGGAAGGGAAGGAGUGCCCAUAAGAGAAUCACAAUCGCUCGGGCUUACUCCUUGAUGUCAACUCUCGCCUUAGAACGAGGGGAUUGCUACAAUGCUUUGCGCUUUGCAAGAACCGCUGUUAGGAAAUUGUUCCAUGAUUGGUCCAAGUUAGACGAGAUGAGGAAUGCCUCACACGAUGCUACUAUGGAUGAUUCUUCACAAGCAGAGGCUUCAGAGAAAGACCAGAGUCUAAACAACUCCUACCUAAGUCAAUCUGAUAUGCCUCGCGCGGCUACCGGUCCAGAAUACUGGGCAUUAUCGCACCCGUUGUUCCAUUUUCUGCUACAGCUUUCUUCGGUCUACUCCCAUGUCGGCGUUUACCAAGAAACUUUGUACUAUGCCGAACAGGCACAAAAAGUGGCAAAGAGCAUCGGAUCAGCUGUGUACAUGUCUCAAGCUCUUGCAUGGAUGGCGCAUGUGUGGCUUAUGGCCGGUAAAUCGGAAAAAGCAAUGGAGAUUGCUACCGAAAUGAAGCCCAUAGCCUUAGACUUAGAACCAACGUAUCAGAACGCCAAAGUGCUGUGUCGUCUCAGUUCUAUCUAUGGAGAACUUGAAGACCCGGAGACACAAGCGGAGCUACUAACCAAGGCUGAGUCUAUGCUUGAGGUUUUAAGUAGUGCUGAUAAAGAUGCGAGCGAUCCUAUUGCAAGCGAGCUUGAAGCCAAAAUGACCAAGCUUAGCAUCGAGGAAAAGCCGGUCAGCAAAGUACCAGUACGUCGUAACACCACGAGAGUACCUAGAGCCACCAAAACAGCCACCAAAAAGCAAGCGCCAAAGAAGGCAAUCCCAGCCCCCCCGGUUGAAGUUCUAGCACCGGUGAAAGUUGAAGACGCUCAGCUGUCUUUCCUGCGCGGGUUAAUUCUUCAGAGCCAAUCGGCUAUCCUCAUUGCGAAUGAUGACUGCUCGACGGCUGUAACUACUUUGCGAUCCGCAUACGAGCUUUCCCGGAUACCUGCAGAUGUAUCCCAAAUCUGCUUUCUAAUGGGCGUUGCUCUGAUAAGGCAGAGCUUAGAACAGAUUGGACAAGAUGCGGUAUUUUCGGUCAUUCAAGACUCCACUCUUUCGUUCCCUUCAGUAACGAGGUCGCUUAAGGAGCGCACCCCAGCGGAUCGAUUGUCUCUACCACAGACUCCAGCUCCUCGCAGAGGCCGUGGCCCAUCGAAGAAAGCGAUCAAUGAUACAAGAUCGUUCAUCGAGAAGCUGCGCGAAGCCCAAGGCCACUUAUUAACGGCGCAUUCAAUCGCGAGCCUCAACGGAGAUGGUGACUUAGUUCAUCGAAUAGCUGUGGCAUUGCAGAGCGUUGUUAUUCUUCUCUCGAACACGAAUUCGACAAACCCAGCCGCGAGCCACCCUUUCCACGCCACCUGCGCCGUCGAACUUGCGCGUAAUCUAACAUGGCGUCGCGAACGAAAAACGGUGCAUUUGGAUUCUUCGAAAGACUCCAAGAUAGACUGGCCUGUUCUGACAAACGACACCGGAAGCAGACGCACCAGUCUCGGACUUUGUCUUGAUAUGGACGGCCUCUUGAAGGAUUUCGUCGACAUCGUCCCCAAGACCUGGAAUGUCGUUUCGUUGUCACUGAGUCAUGAUGAGCGGGAUCUUUGCAUUACAAAACUCCAAGGAGGCCAAGAGCCUUUCGGAAUCCGUCUCCCACUUGAGCGAGCUGCUUUGAGAGAUGCCGAUUUGGAGGUGCUCAGUUUCCAGCAAGGACGAGCAGAGUUGCAGGAGAUCAUUGAGAUGGCUAAUCGCACAUGUCAUGAUGCUCGGGACAUGAGCCAAAAGGGCGCCAAGUCGGCAUGGUGGGCGGAACGAGAGGAACUAGAUGAACGCCUGAAGAGCCUUAUGGAAUGCAUCGAGCAGUCAUGGCUCGCCGGCUUCAGGGGCAUCUUCUCCCAACAUCGCAGGAGAGCGGAUCUGAUCGCAAAAUUUGAAAAGGAUUUUAUGAAAAUUCUUGAUAAGCAUCUUCCCUCGCGCCGGAAAGUUCACGGCAGAAAAGCAGCUGCGAAGCCCACGACGCGUGUCAACCUCGACCCAAGAGUUUACGACAUGAUUAUAGGGCUAGGCGAUCCCACCGCUCCCGAAGGUGAUCUAGACGAACCACUUAUGGACUUGCUCUACUACAUCGUCGAUAUUUUACAGUUCCACGGCGAGAGAAAUGCCUACGAUGAAGUCGACUUCGACGAAAUGGUAAUCGACACAUAUGAUGCUUUGAAUUCGUACUACGUUACUGCUAAGGGCAUUAAGGAGCCGGAGGAGGGCACUCAUACGAUUCUCGUUCUCGACAAGUCCUUACAUCCAUUCCCCUUUGAAGCUCUGCCUUGCCUACAAGGAUUAGCCGUCUCGCGAGUCUUCUCGCUCGACUGUCUACGACGACAAAUUCUAGACGCCAAACUUGCUGGCCCGGAUGCUGCCAAGAAAGACACUGAAGAGACGAGCGGUCCCAAUGUACGAGAAGGACACUACGUAUCGGUUAACUCGGGUACCUAUAUCCUCAACCCCGGCUGCGAUCUCAAGAACACCCAAGCCACCUUUGGGGAACCGUUAUCGACUCUCCCUCUCACCUGGAACAACAUCGAGAUGCGGGAACCAACAGAAGCCGAAUUCGAAGCUGCCCUUAAAGAAAAAGAUCUAUUGCUGUAUUUCGGACACGGCAGCGGAGCGCAGUACAUCCGCGGCCGCACUAUCCGUAAAAUGGAGAAGUGCCGCGCGGUCGCGCUGCUCAUGGGCUGCAGCUCCGCCUCUCUCGCCGAAGUCGGGCGCUUCGAGAGCUACGGCACCGUGCGCAACUACAUGCUGUCCGGCAGCCCCGCCGUCGUGGGCACGCUGUGGGACGUCACGGACCGCGACAUCGACCGCUUCGCCGGCCGCGUGUUCGAGGAAUGGGGGCUCUUGCCUAAAGGUUCGUUCGCGGAGGACGCGAAGGGGAAGAGGAAUCCGGCUAGGAAAAGGAUCGGUGUUGUGGAGAGUACUGGAGAUAGACCGGUUAGCUUGACGGAGGCGGUGGGAAGGGCCAGGGAUGCGUGUCGCUUUCGCUAUUUGACGGCGGCGGCGGUUUGUGUUUAUGGGAUUCCGGUUUAUCUUAAGGACCGGUAAGCGAUAGACACUAUACCUACUAGGUAUUGAUUAGUUGGAGGUGGUGGGUUAGGGGUGCUUGCAUGUGGCUACCGUUAGGGAGAAGUAAGAAAGGGGAAUAGAGGUAGGGGGAGGUGGGAGGUGUUAAGAUGAAGAUUAGGUAGAGAGGUGCAUUGCGAGGCGUUGCGGUGGAAGACUCAUAGGCCCGGCGUUCUAGAUACCAGGUGCUGGUUUUUUGUCUAUUUCUGCGCUGGGGUGUUGGUUUGUUGAUAGGAUAGGAUAGGAUGGGAUAGGAUGGGGGAAAGGGUUGUCUGAAUACGCUGUGUUAAUGAAUUGAAAUUCUGUUUCUUGCA